AUGGGCACAGCAAAUUAUUCUAACGCCGUUAUCACAGUUCGUAUGAAUAGCCUGGAUACGAAUUGGAAGGAAUUCAAAAACAAUCAUCUUACUCUUCUUAGCCUACAAGAAAAUCUAAGCGAGCAGGAUUAUAUCAAAAACGAUGUCUACGCAAAAACCGAGGAAUUUUUUCUGACUGCCCUUGCCACUAUGCUGUCACUUCUCGAGACCUAUCCUGCGCCGAUACUUCCGACUGCCUCAUCGUCUUCUCAAGCUCUGUCAGCACCUACGUCAUCUUUGCGCAAACUGCCCAAGAUCAAGUUGCCGACCUUCAUGGGUGACUACAAGUUGUGGCCAGAGUUUCGUGACUUGUUUAUUUCUGGCGUUUCUUUCAGCUCGUUAUUAAACAACGUUGAAAAGUUGUUUUAUUUAAAAUCAAGUCUGGCUGGAGACGCAGCUGAGCUCGUCCGUGGCAUCUCUCUCGAGGGUGACAAUUUUCAACGGACUUGGGACGUGCUAAGGGUUAUUGGGUUUGAUGCAUUUGAGAUGCCACGCGUGCAAGUUAAUGCACUAUUAAACGGCUUCUUCUUGAUGAAGUGUGUCAGUGGUGAGGAUGCGGCAGACCUCAGUCGGAUCCUUUCAACCGCCAAAAAUCUUGUCAAAGGACUUAAAAAUCUUAAACGGCCAACAAUUUCAGACGACGUCUUAGUUUAUAUCCUUGCAAAUAGACUGGACGCCGUAACACGUCGCGAUUGGGAAAAAUCGCUCGAAACUUCGAGAGAGCCGGCUGCAUUCAGUCAGCUGACUGAGUUUCUCGAGGGACGCAUCCUGACGCUGUCAAGCGUAGCCUCAAGCAACGGGAAAGGGCAGCGGUCAAUAGGCAUGCAUACGCACCAGGAAUCAUACAGAUCGAAGGUGCCGGUAUGCUCUCUCUGCUCCUUGCGUCAUCAGCUGUGGACUUGCGAAGCCUUUAAAGCCAGAAAUCUAAUGCAAAGGAGGGAAUUUGUGCUUGAGAAGCAGUUAUGUGAGAACUGCUUGGGCUCUCACGAAGUUUUAACCUGUCACUCCGGGAGGACUUGUUUUGUUUGUGGGGCUAAGCACCACACGUCUAUACACGUUGACGCCUCAACAGACACCCAUGUAGCUGUAGUCUCUGCGAAUUCUUCUGUGCCGAUUCGAUGCAAUGAGCCUCUCAACGUUUCGGUAAGCAAAACAACAUCUUUUGCGCCAACAUUGCUACCCACAGCAUGGGUCAGUCUGGUGGGGGCGGAUGGCCAGAAACAUUGUGUUCGAGCGUUGAUCGAUCAAGGAUCACAGUGCUCAUUCCUGUUGCAAUGCUUGGCCAACUCACUGCAGCUUCCACGCAGCCCUGCUUGUGUAUCGAUCGAUGACGUAAGUGGUGUUCAUCCUACAGCUGCCCAUGGCCGAAGCAGGAUCACAGUCAAGUCUUGA